UUUUGUUCCUCCGCCCCUCUUCCCGUUCUGGUGUGUGCGCGUACGUGUAGGGUGGGGGCAGAUGGUACGGCGGGAGCACUGUUGGCCUCGGGGAAGCUUUAGUGGAGGGUGUGAUCUUGAGCGGCUAGAAGCACCUCGGUGGGGGGAAAAGGAGGUGCGGAUCCCUCCCCCGACUUUAUUCGUCUCGUCACAUCGCUGUGAAAACAUGAGUCGAGAUUUCAAACCCGGAGACUUGAUCUUUGCUAAGAUGAAAGGUUAUCCCCAUUGGCCAGCCAGGGUGGAUGAAAUUCCAGAUGGAGCAGUAAAACCUCCUAUGAAUAAAAUGCCUAUAUUCUUUUUUGGCACUCAUGAGACGGCAUUCUUGGGACCAAAGGAUAUAUUCCCUUAUUAUGAAAAUAAAGAAAAAUAUGGCAAACCAAAUAAAAGAAAAGGCUUUAAUGAAGGAUUAUGGGAAAUUGACAACAAUCCCAAAGUGAAAUUCUCUCAUCAGCAGUCGCAUCCAGCUGUUAACAGUGCUGUCAAAGAAACUAUUUGCAAAAGUUGUCAAGAGCCUACUGAGGGCAAUGAAGAAAAAGGAGAAGCCAAAAAGAGGAAGUCUGUUAUUUCAAAAUCAUCAAGUAAACAGGAUAAUAAUUUACCUACAGAAGACAAAGAGAUGGAUACUGUCAAAGAUGAUGUCCUGUUUGAAAAAAAUAGCAAAGAUGUGAUGAAAACAAAUGAUAUAUGCAUUCCUAAAGUUGUUAGAAGAGGAAGGAAGAGAAAGGCUGAAAAACAAGCUGAAGCUGCGGAAGCUGCAGUGGUAGCAGCUGCAGUGGCUGUGACUCCAAAAAUAAGCCCUAAAAGGGGAAGACCAGCAGCUACUGAAGUAAAGGUUCCAAAAACAAGAGGGAGACCCAAAUUGGUGAAACCACCUUGUCCUUCGGAGACCGACAUUGUUCAUGAAGAGGAGAAGACAAAGAAAAAAGGACUGGAAGAAAAGCCCAAAAAACAAGGGGAAAAAGAUGAGGAGAGUCAGAAGGAAGACGACAAAUCGAGGAAGGAAUUUGAUAGAAGAGAAGCAAAGAGGGAGACCGAACCAAAAAGGAGAAAUACUUCCCAAGUGGGUUCUGCAUCAGCGUCUGAUUCUGAAGAGGAUGAAGGAGAACAUGAAGGUGAUAAGAAGAAAAAAGGAGGGAGAAACUUUCAAGGAGCUCAUAGAAGAAACAUGUUACAAGGCCAACAUGAGAGAGAGCUGACAGAAAGAAAGUGUAAGCAAGAGGAGCAAAUGGAAUCUGAGCUGCAAAAUAAAGAAGGAGGUAAGAAAUUGGAAGUUAAGAGGAUGGAGAAGAAGAGAGGUUAG